GGCGAACGCACCCGGUCGUGCUUAUCGUUAUCGCUAUACGAAAAGACCCUCCGCAAAUCGCAGCUGUUGAGAGGAUCAAAAUGGCCGAGAUGCUCUUCCCUCGUUGACAAUAAUAAUGGAGAUAAAUACCACAGUCGCGGCCUCUCUGGCGGUUCCUUCAUCAUUGCGUAUCCGUCGUCACUUCUUUCCCUCUUGUGCACCGGACGCUUCGACUUGGACAGCUAUAUAACACUGUCCCGGGAGCUGCAAGUCCAUCUCCAAUACACACUUCCACAGCUUUUCCAAACCAAAGACACACGUUCGCUUCUAUCAUCUAUCAUUUCAAUCGAUAUCUGAGACGACUUUUAUUCCCAACAUCCACAUUUCGCUGUCACAAUGGUCCUCGACCGCCUCCAGCAGUUGACCCUCCAGGUCAACGCCUCCUCUCCUCCCCCGUACCCUCUCGAUCCCCUUUCCACGUCCGAGAUCGAUACUGCAGUUGCCAUCAUUCGUGCGGAACAUGGCUCUGUCAACUUCAAUGCUGUGACUCUGUACGAGCCGCGAAAGGCAGAGAUGCUAGCUUGGUUGGCAGACCCCGAGAAGGCACCACGCCCUCUGCGUGCGGCCGACAUCGUGGCCAUUGCUCCUGGCGGCAAGAUCUACGAUGGUGUUGUAGACCUUGAGAACAAGAAAAUCCUGCAAUGGAAGCACACUCCCAAUGUCCAGCCUCUCAUCACGAUGGAGGACCUGCAGGAGGUUGAACACAUCGUCCGCCAGGAUCCUGCCGUCAUCGAGCAGUGUGCCAUCAUUGGUAUCCCCAAGGAGGACAUGGACAAGGUGUACUGUGACCCUUGGACCAUCGGAUACGACGAGCGCUGGGGCAGCGGCGUCCGUCUGCAGCAAGCACUGAUGUAUUACCGGCCUCACCUCGAUGACUCCCAGUAUACCUACCCGCUGGACUUCUGCCCAAUCUACAAUUCAGAGACCAAGAAGAUCAUUCACAUCGAUGUUCCACCGGUGAGACGGCCACUCAGCAAGGCUGCUCCAAACAACUAUCACCCGGCCGCCAUUGAAAAGGAGGGUGGAUACCGCACCGACAUCAAACCCAUCAAUAUUACCCAGCCAGAGGGCGUCUCGUUUACGAUCAAUGGCCGUAUUAUUGAGUGGCAGAAGUGGAGCAUCCACGUUGGCUUCAACUACCGCGAGGGUAUCGUUCUGAACAACAUCACCUUCAAUGACAAGGGAAACAUCCGUCCCAUCUUCUACCGUCUCUCUCUGGCAGAAAUGGUGGUCCCGUACGGUAAUCCUGAGCAUCCUCACCAGCGCAAGCAUGCCUUCGAUCUGGGUGAGUACGGCGGUGGCUACAUGACCAACAGUCUAUCGCUGGGAUGUGACUGCAAGGGCGCCAUCCACUACAUGGAUGCUGCCUUUGUCAACCGAGCUGGCGCUAGCACCAUCUUGAAGAAUGCCAUUUGUAUCCACGAGGAGGAUGCUGGUAUCCUCUUCAAGCACACUGAUUUCCGCGACGAGUCAAUUAUUGUCACCCGAGGACGGAAGCUUAUAAUCUCUCAAAUCUUCACCGCCGCCAACUACGAAUACUGCGUCUACUGGAUCUUCCACCAGGACGGCACAGUUCAGCUGGACAUCAAGCUUACCGGCAUUCUCAACACUUAUGCCAUGAACCCCGGCGAGGAUACUAAGGGCUGGGGAACCGAAGUCUACCCUGGUGUCAAUGCGCACAACCACCAGCACCUGUUCUGCAUGCGGAUAGACCCUAACAUCGACGGCCCCAACAAUACCGUUUUCCAGGUGGACGCUGUCCGGGCCGAGGGCGAAGUUGGCAGCGCCGAGAACAAGUAUGGCAACGCCUUCUAUGCCAAGAAGACCAAAUUCACGACCCCUCGUGAGGCAAUGUCCGAUUAUGAUGGCAGCACCAGCAGAACCUGGGAGAUGGCCAACACGAACAAACUGAAUCCCUACAGCAAGAAGCCAGUCACCUACAAGUUGGUGAGCCGUGAGGUCCCCCCGCUCCUCCCCAAGGAAGGUGGCUUGGCUUGGAAGCGAGCUGGAUUCGCUAGACACGCCGUCCAUGUUACGAAGUACUCCGAUGACCAGAUCCACCCUGCUGGUCGCCAUGUGCCCCAGACCUCCGGUGAACCUUCUCAAGGUAUCCCAAUGUGGAUUGAGCAGGCCGGCGAGGAUUGCUCCAUUGAGAACACCGAUAUUGUCCUAUGGCACACUUUCGGCAUCACCCAUUUCCCGACGCCAGAAGAUUACCCCAUCAUGCCUGCAGAGCCGAUGACGCUACUGCUCCGGCCUAGGAACUUCUUCGACCGCAACCCAGUCCUGGACGUGCCUCCCAGCUAUAGCCGCACUCCUACCCAGAUCGCCUCGGGCCAAGGCGACUGCUCCUGCAAGAAGGGUGACGGAACCAGUGUGCUGGUCUAAGUUCAGACCAUGACAUUCCUUUGAAAUUGUAUGAUGAUAUGAUCUCAAUCGCGCAAGAGUCGCAUACAUUGCAUGUUGGUCCUCUGUAAGGGCCUCACUUUCUUUUGUUCGGCAGAUUGAUUAUUACGGUUGGCAUGAUCACGUUUUAGGAUUAGUUCUUGAUGUAUAUAUAUAUUCUUCUUAAGGCGUCUCUGGGAAAUUCCUUUAUCAGAAUGCAUAAACUUGAUUCAAAGCACGUCAUCUCUGUGGAUUACAAUAGAGAAUAAGCCUCUGCUCAGUAGAGGGGACUUCGAGAAUGGUGAUCAACAUGUGAUGGUUAAGGAAACGAC